AUGAAUUUUAUUAAAGAAUUUCUUGCACAAAGCAACAGUUCAGCAGAUGUUGAUUUUAGCUUUCAACCAGGAAAGUCUAUUCCAUCAAAAUGCGUAAUUCAGUUUGUUUUUCUUGUUAUAACUCACAAUAAAAAGACGCAACUUGCAUUUCUUCCGGAUUACGUUCCAGCACUUCAGAAAGGUAAAUUAGAAAAGAAAUCUCUUAUGUUUACUCCAGCAGGAACUAAUGUUCAAUCAUUUACUUUAACAAGUGUCGAUGAUCAUCUUUUAAUUUUAUGGCUCAACUUUACAGUUAAUGCAAAGCCUCUUCUUGAUGAAAUGAUAAAAAUUAUCGAUAACCAAAAGAUAGAAACUAAAAUAAACGCUUUAAUCGUUGAUAAAAACAAUGAAAAGCCAGUACAAUGUGAAAUAGUUUUAAAUCAUGAUCUCAUUUCUUACACUCCCCUUAAUGGCGGAAAAAUCACUACUUCAUAUCAAAUCACAAAGAAGUCUGUUUUCCUGCUUAACAAAUUUGAAGAGGAUCCUUAUAUCCUUGUGAAAGAAUGUGACAACACAUCUCAGUUCAAAAUCAUUCUCCCUGACAUCGAAUUCUUGAAACAUUGGUUUUUAUCGUUAAUUGCUAUCAGACAGAUAACAAUUAAUAACGAGAAGAAAGCUCUUUCCAACUUAAAACGGUCAUUGCAGCAAACGGAAGUAACUGCUCCAAAGAUUCCGAUCAAAAUUGAGCAACCUCAGCCAGAAAUCAAGAAAGAACCGAGUAUCGAUACCCUCAAAGAGGCUGAACAAAAGAAGGAAGCGAUUAUGCAGAAAUAUAAGCAGGAAGCCGAAGAUUUGAAACAAAAUUUGCAACAAAAAUUGGCAAAUUACAAGAGAAGCUUCCCGAAACCGAAGAAAGAAGAAGAACCCGAACUUGACGCCAUAGAUUUAUCAAAAUACGAACGUCCGAAACUCGAGAAACCUCCAAGAAAAGAAGUUAUUCAUAAAAGAAAACCAUUAGACGAAGAACAACUUCAGAACUUGGCCAUGGAGAGACUUAACAGUCCAGAAAUAUAUUUCAGUAGGUUCUCACCAAGUUUGAACCUCCAAAAAGUUGAAAUUCCGGAUAUAAGUUAUAAUCCAAACACAGAAGUUUCAUUUGAAGAGUCAUACAUCAACGCAGACCCAACUACAGCCUUCUUAUUGGUAUGUGCCGUUGUUUAUAACUCGUUUAUCGGUGAAAGUUUGUCAGAUUUCUUCAAAGUCCCAAGAAUUCCAGGUGAAACUAUGCAAAGCGAGGCAGCAAAGAUCGUAACUACCUUAGAUAACGACGUUUUUCGGGUACUACUUGAAAACAAAGGCAUAGAUGACGUAUAUCUCCCAUCAAGUUUCGCAAGAGAUACAGAACUAAUCAUUAGAAUGCAAUCAAUGAAGAAAGAACUUGCUAACCCAGGAGAAUUUCCAUCUCCAGCGCCAUUUACUUUUUCUCAUCGACCACUUCAGUCAAUUGUUUUCUGGUUCUUCGACGCGAAUUACCUACAUUCGCUCAGCAAAUUGUCCGCAUCGACAGCAAUUGCUGAUCUUUCGAAGAAUCUCCUUAGUUAUUUCAAACAUUAUUUAUUAACUGACAAAGUAUCCACUAUUUUACGAGAAGUCGCCGUAAAAAUCGGUCCUGCUGCAAUGCUGAGUGGCUCUUGGAACGGAGUAAGAAAUAUUGUCGCAACAGAUUGCGAUGAUUCUGUCGUUGUCUAUAAAUUCUGGGCAGAAUCGUAUAAGGAAGGCAAACUUUCUGCUAAUUUCAUCCAAAUAUUCCAAUACAAGGAUAUUCUGGAAAAAUUCUAUGAUCCAUGUUCGCAUGUUCGUUGCGGAUCGAUAGCUUCUCAGAUAGCAGGUUACCUUCAAGCGUUUGAAAAGUUUGAAUUACCAAUUAAUUUUGAAAUUUCAAAUGAAAACGAAAAAGGAAUAUUACGACUUGAAAAUCUUUUCAGAUUAGUUCGCAACUGA